CUUCCUAUAACUGGUAAAAAGACGAACUCACCAUCGUACUCGUACGUGAGAAGAAGCGCAAACAACUAUCUAUUUUAAGUUUUAGAGGCAAAGCAAUCAAGCUUUGAGAGAAAGAGAGUAGCUUGCGAAGACGACAAUCUCAAAGAAACUCACACCAUCCCCUCUUACCUUACGACGAAAAUGUGUGGUUUACUCCUCAUGAGCUCGAGCCCGCUUUCGCAGUCAUCCCAUACCAGUCUUCGCCAUCCAAGCAAUCGCUGCCGUAGUGCAACUGAUAGUGGUGCCGGCAGCAUGCAGUUGCAGGCCACCAAAGCCGUCAACAAGCUUAUCCACAAGCAAAGCUGCAAGGACGACACGAUUCCCUGUGCUGCUGUCAUGCCUUGGCCUCGACUUGGCUUUCCCACUGAGAGUCUUUGCACGGACAAUCUUACAUCAGCAACUGCCGAACAAGUGGACGCCGAUCCCUUUCAGUUUCCUGUCAUUGAAUGGUCCUUUUCCGACGACGAAGACUCCACCUUCAGUGAUAGCAUGGACAGCAGCGGGAAGACGACUGCUUCAGCUCCAGCCAACCUUGGCUGUCAGGAGGCUCCUCGUCGAGGAAGCCUUGUGCGCUCCAUCUCCUUGGUUUCCUCCAUCAUGAAGGAAAUGAACUCCACCACCACCACUACAAUUACUUCUCUGACAAAGAAGAACAAUAAACGAACACUGUCACCCUUCAAGGCCCACAAGAAGCGACACUCCAAGGGCAAGCCUAAGCAAUCCAACCGCCUUCUGGCCCUCACACACCCGGUUUCCCUUGGGGGCCUCGAAGUUGGCCACCACGCGGAAUCCCAAAAGUUCUUCCUCUAGACCAAGCGACCCUUGCCAACCACAGUUCACACACAAGACUUGUCCACAUUGCACACCUUCUGCAAGCGCAUUACACACCUGCCCCAUCUUGCAUGCACAUUCAUCAUCACAAACAACCUGAACACAUCAUGACACGGAACUACACAAGAGAACCCUUUCUUUGCACAUACUCUCACUCUCUCAGAGUUCCCCAAAUAUACACACCAUGCACCAGGAACGCACCAAAGCGCUCUGAGUGCCAGUCCAAGAGACCCUUCCUUCUGCUGAUCCUUCUCUAGGCUAGAGAAGGACUUGUUCCUCCACAAAGCAACCUGUACAAGACACAUUAUGGAGACACAUGUUCCUUCACUCACAUGGCACCACUCACCCCCCUGUUCAUACUUAUACAAGAGUGGUCCAACAACGUCUCAUUGGGAAGCUCGGCUCCAACCGUCCUGUUUAUACUUUCACAAGGCAUCCCUUCUGUUUACAUUUGUACACAACUCCAUACAUACACAUGCCUUUUGGACUCCAAGCAACCCACCUUCCCUCCUUCAUCUGCUCCGAUAAAGUUUUCCAACUCCGCAGUAACUCAUCUACCUAUCAAUAUCUCCCACCUGAAAACAUCCAGCAAGCAGUCGAGCGCCCAGGCAGCCACUAUUCCGGUGCUGGACGUGACAUUUGCUCUAUAAGCGUAUACUUUCCUUCUUCAUUACGACACUCUAGUAUCUAACAAACUAUACAAAUAACCAGCACUGUCUUGUUACUUU